GGGGCCCUGGAACGAGCAUCGCUCCACGUGACCCCCGCUAGGCCUGCAGCCUGGCGGCCAUCUUACCUAGGGCCCUGCAAGCGUGCCGGGACCGCGCGCGCCCAGGAGGGUGAAACUUUAAGAACUUCACGCUCUUAUUUGUUUAUUGUAACGAGUGCAAACCCUUUUUUUGUCGACGACACAUUUUUUAAAAACAUUACAUCCCUUAAAAUCACGGCAUUGCCUCGCGACUCUCUUUGCUACAUGAUGAGGAGGGGAGAAAGGCUCGUGAAGGACGCUACUACUACUGGGCAGAUGUAGGCAGUCACCCUCCAGCUAGCAAGGUUAUGAGUGCAAAGGAGAGUGACGCUCACAACAACGAGCGGAGCGCGCCGGGCGACGAAAACGCAGCAAGUUGGCACAGUAGGGGGCACAGGUGGUCGUGCAUCUGACAGUCAACAUAUGGCACCUGGUUGCGUUGAUUUGACUGGAAAACUGUUGAGAAAAAAUCAACAAUGCUGAAAGUAAGGGACGCAAGGUUGUCUGGCGACGAGAGAGUUGAUGACGGUGGCCAUGAGAGUAAACCUUGUGAGGAUAACGACGAUCUUAGUUCAUCAAUGCAGCGAUGUCUGAAUGCUCUGAGGGAAGCGAGGAAUGACAGCGAACAGUUUGCAGCGUUGCUCCUGGUGACAAAGAUGCUUGCCGUGGAAAACACCAACGCAAAAAAGCGACGGAGAAUUUUUGACGCCAUCGGAUUCACAUUUAUAAACAGACUUCUGUUACCAUCUGCGGCGUCUAAUGUGUCCACUGUAAAUGAAUAUCGAUCGCUGGGAAUUGCUAUAUUGGCAUGUUUUUGCACCGAUUCUGAGCUCGUGUUGAAUUCACAAGUUCUCAACAAAGUUCAUAUUUUAGGCGAGAUUCUGGCACUGGAUCAGCCACAUGAAGAAUCUGAAGACCUUAACCUGUACAGGUCGGUGGUCGACGAUUGUUAUCAGUGCUAUCAAGGAAUAAUUGCAGCACCAGGGGGCUUUAACCACUUGCUCACCGAAGAAGUACUGUCUGCAUUGUGCAAUGUUUUGGUGAGGAAGUCUCAUUCUUGGGAAAAGGGCCUUCAGCUCCUUAUUCACUUGCUAAAUGCACGAUCUUCAGAAUGCUGGGCGAAGGCCGAAGAAAACCUCUCCAAAGUCUUGAAGCACUUUUGUGUGCAGUUUGCAAAUUCUAACGAUGGCAAUAAAUUUGACGUUUGCGAGCUCCUUCCCAAUUUUCUGCCACCCUUGGAAAUCUUUCAGAAGUGCACGCAGUGCUCCGAAUGUUUCCGGACUAUACACGCGGAACUAUUCGGCAUCCUCAACAGCAAGAUUUCUGGUGCUCAGAGAGACCCUGCCCUGAAACUGGCCUCUGCUAUGAUAAAUCUCUACAGCUUGGAUUGGAUUCUGCCCGGAAACAAAUCCGCAAAGGAUACGUUCUUCGCGCUGAUCGUCAAUCUCGCGUGCAUCGAAGUCCGUAUGUGCCUUGAGGACACCGAUUCCGCGACGGUAGCUAACAAGCACGCGAUUUUGAUUGCUUGUUACAGCAUUCUGGAAAAUGCCGUUGAGCUGCUCACCACAGCGGAACACCAGUUCAGCAGAGUGUGGUGCAACCAGAUCGUCACGAAGAUGGAAGAGGCCUUUUCCGCAGUGAUUUAUUACCUAAAGCAGCAGGUUCUGGAAGAGUGGAUUGGAGACAGCUUUGUGUUUGCUUCAGUUCGUGUGCUUGGAUCAUGGAUGGCGGAGGAGAACCUGACUCUCAAAAAGGAGAUUAUGGAAAUCAUUCCGUCCUUAAUGCAGUACUGCUGGAAAAUGCAAGACAAUGAAGCGGAGCCAGCGGCCAAGACAGUCGAGCAAAACCCCCGUCAGUUUGUCGGUGAUCGGACCGUUGAUCCACUUAGGUUUCUGCUUCCAGGAUUGUGUCACCUAACGGCAGAAGACGAUGCACGGAAGCUGCUCUUGGAACAGAACCUCCACGUCCUCCUGAGACUCUCAUUCCAGAGACAGUGGGAGCUUUUCAAACGUCUCAUGUCAGAUGAAGAAUUGCAGACGUAUCCGGACGUUGAAAUGACCCUUCGCUAUCAGUGCAGCAUCUUUUUAAACCUCGUCGUAACCGAACCCCAGUUUGUGAAGACUGAUGAAAACUUUGCAUCAUUGCUGACCCUGUUGAUGGAUGCUUUGCCAUUGGUGAUUGGCAGAGAUUGCCUAUUGAUCCUUGCUGGAAAUGUGUGUGCACUGAGCCUGAUGCUGAUCAGAGUGUUAGACAUCCCCGCUCUUUCCAAAGCGACGUCGCAACAGUUCUUCACAGCGGUCAUUGAAUUUAUUUCCAAACCGUACCUGCUACAGAAGAGCACUGUGGAUGGAGAGCAGAGUGUGGUAGUCAUGAGGAGUGGUUACAAAGAGUGCUGGGAGGAUAUUUCAGAGUUGUGGUUUCUGGGCAUGCAAGGGCUCGGUGCUUGCUUGGCACGUUUAGAAUGGCUGCCGCUUGUGCUGCUUGAUUCUGGAUGGCUGCUCGAGAUUCUACAGCUUCUGGCCAAUGCCGAGACGAAACAAGUGGCCCCGGAUCUCCUGCAGUCCUUCCAGAGUCUGUUGACAGAAACGAGUCUCCGGAGCAGCCGCUGCAAAGACUUUGUUCUGCAACAUGCUGGCAGACAAUUGAGUGAUCGUUACAAUAUGGAUUCGCUUAAAAAAGCGCUCGAUCACUGAUAGAUAACGCAACUGUAUCUUAAACAAAAAAAACUUGUUACUGGAUUUCAAAAUCACUGGUUAUUACUGCGGUAUUAUGUACGUUAAACUUCCUUCACACCACACGUAGUCAACUGUGCUAAUUGGAGGUGCGGUUAAAUUGGUACUGUAAGAAUACGUGCCGUGUGCUUCACAAUGGACAUUCAAAAUCCCGUGAAGUCAAUCGCAAGCGUAGGCCCCAAUGUGCAGGCGUCAUAGUCCAUUGUUGCCAAAUAUCAAAAAUGACCUGCAAAAUUACUACGUUUUGGGAGCCAGGACCCUUCCAAAAAGAAUCGUGAGACUCGGAGAGGUUUUCCCAGAUAAACAAUCAUACCAAUAAUAAAUAAGUGCUGGGGUGUUUUUGUAAAAAAAAAACAUUGUCGACAAUGGUAUCGAUCAAAAAAAUGUAUCCUAACGAGCAGAAUAAAGAUGUUUUCACACUUCAUAUCUUUUCUCUUCGAUGUAUUUGUAUUUAGCGGAUGAGAAACAAAGUGAUAUGUUUCAUUUGAGAAGACUUAGCAUUUUACAUCUCUGCUGGCUUCUGCCAAUAACGUCCUACCCUGCUGCACCUUUGCUCCGAUUUCUGCAUGUUUUGCCACAAGUACAUGUGGUUAAUGCAGACUUGAUGCCUUGCAAAAGUUAUCUGGUGUAAAACCUAUUUAUCAUUCCUGCUUGUGCUUGCACACUCUCCUCGCACUUACCUGUCGUCCUCACCCAAGCAUCUUUUGAUUCACUUCUCUAACCCCCAUCUCUUGCUUCGUUGGUUUGCGCACUAAUACACUCAUGCCUCGUUAGAAUUGAGGAGUUCUGCUGCUGCUGCCUCAACUAAUGCCAUCACAGGGUGUAUAGCUUUACCGAGUCAACGCUAGUCACGAUUAUUCAAGUUUAUUUUGUUCAAGCAGAUGACAACUCAGAGACACAGGGGAAGUCUCACUUGCAAGAGACCUGGGUGACUAAAUCACAAAACAAAGUACAACAAAAUUCAGCGAAUGUAAAUCGGAGCAAAAUUUACCAAAUAGAAAUCGGAGCAAAAACAACUUGAGAAAAUUGAAAAUAGUGCACACACAGAAAUUAAACUAAAUUUUCCUAGAAUGAAAGUUGGUUUGGGAUAAAUUACUUUUUAAGAAAGUUCGUAGUAAAAUUACAUAAAAGUUCUCAAUCCUCGAGGUCACUCCCUCGCUUCACUCUUCUACAAUAACUGGGUUGUGGUCUAAACCGAUAUCUGCAACCUUGGGUACAAUGUAAUCAAUUUGUUUAAAAUCGUAUGAUUUUUUACUUCAUUUUAUACAUUGUAAUAUGCUUUAUAUUUGAUGCAGUAAAAGUAUGGGUCAA